CCCACAAGAAACGGAGCGAGAAGGCGAGAAAAGAGAGUGGUGGUGGCGGUGGGGGAGACGGGGCGCGGGGAGCUGCCGCCAUCCCGCGCCGGUGCGGAGCAGAGCGCGACUCUCGUCGUUCCCCCCCCCCCCCCCCCGGCGAGGCGGCGCGGCGUUAACCCCCGGCUGCCCGGUACGGCGGGGGGCGGGAGUAGGCCGCAGGGUGCGUGUGCGUGGGCGCGUGGUGCCUGAGCUGGAUUGAAAGUGAACCACAAUGGCUACUCUCAUCUCAGACAGUCCUGCAAAUCCAAGUUGUAAAAUUAUGACUUUCAGACCUUCAAUGAAUGAAUUCAGGGAGUUCAACAAAUACGUAGCAUACAUGGAAUCCCAAGGUGCUCAUAGGGCUGGAGUUGCAAAGGUUAUCCCGCCAAAGGAGUGGAAACCAAGAAAACAUUAUAAUGAUAUUGAAGAUUUGGUGAUUCCUGCUCCAAUUCAGCAGAUGGUCACUGGUCAGUCGGGGCUCUUCACACAAUACAACAUUCAGAAAAAGCCAAUGACAGUGAAGGAAUUCAGGCAGCUGGCCAACAGUGACAAGUACUGUACCCCAAGAUACAUAGAUUAUGAAGAUCUGGAGCGAAAAUACUGGAAGAAUUUGACUUUUGUGGCACCAAUUUAUGGAGCAGAUAUCAAUGGCAGCAUUUAUGAUGAAGAUAUUGAGGAAUGGAAUAUUGGCCAUCUUAAUACAAUAUUGGAUGUUGUAGGAGAAGACUGUGGAAUUUCUAUUGAGGGUGUAAAUACUCCAUAUCUCUAUUUUGGCAUGUGGAAAACAACAUUUGCAUGGCAUACUGAAGACAUGGAUCUCUACAGUAUUAAUUAUCUUCACUUUGGGGAGCCAAAGUCAUGGUAUGCUGUUCCUCCAGAACAUGGGAGGCGUCUGGAACGACUAGCUCAAGGUUUCUUUCCAAGCAGCUCUCAAGGAUGUGAUGCUUUUCUUCGCCACAAGAUGACCUUGAUUUCUCCCUCAAUAUUGAAAAAGUACGGAAUUCCUUUUGACAAGGUUACACAAGAGGCAGGGGAAUUUAUGAUCACUUUCCCAUAUGGAUAUCAUGCAGGAUUUAACCAUGGUUUUAACUGUGCAGAGUCAACAAACUUUGCCACAAUCCGAUGGAUUGAUUAUGGAAAAGCAGCAAAAUUGUGCACUUGCAGGAGAGACAUGGUGACAAUAUCCAUGGAUGUCUUUGUAAGGAAGUUUCAACCAGACAGAUACCAGCUGUGGAAACAAGGGAAGGAUUUAUACACCAUUGAUCAUACAAAACCAACUCCUGAAUCAACGCCUGAAGUAAAGGCCUGGCUGCAGCGAAAAAAGAAAAUAAAAGAUGAGCCUAAGUGCUUCCAGCACACCAGAUCUCGAUCUAAAAAGCUUAAAGCUCCAGAGGAUGAGAGAAUAUCUGCUAUAGUAGCUGGUGCAGAAAUCAUAGCAACAGAAGCAGCCACUGAUGACUUCAAGGUCAAUGAAAAACCAGGAGAAAAAGUGAGACUGGUAAAUACACAGGAGCCUUCUGGGGAAGAAGAAAACAAUAAUGGAAUGCAGCUGGAUCAACAUUUAUUGGAUAAUAUUAAGGUCUCAGGAAAUGUCUGUUCAGACUCAUUUGCCAGCCCUGUUCCAGUAACAGAGAAAAAAAAUAUCAAAGAUGAGGCCAAGACAGAUUCUAGUCAUCCUCCACUUAUAUUUGAAGACUCUGUGCCCAUCCUGCCCACUCCUCAUAGAUGCAGAAAAGAAGAAUAUUUGAAAUCUGAGGGACAUAUUUCUGAAGCAGAGAGCCCAGAGAAAGCGGAAAGCAUCUCUACAGUGGAUGAUGUCAGCGACUUAGAAAGCAGUGAAAGUAGCUUGGAAAAUGGAGAAACACCUUUUAUAAAAAAGGAUGAAGAUGAUUGCACGGAAACACCCAGUUCAGCAGAAAUUGAUAGAAAGAAAGCAUCUAAGAGUUGGCGUCAUCCACUAAGUAAACCCCCAGCUAGAUCUCCAAUGACUUUGGUUAAACAGCAAGCAACUAGUGAUGAAGAAAUACCUGAGACUACCUUAACUGAAGAGGAAGUGCAGGCGACAGAGGCAUGGGCCAAGCCUCUUGUAUACCUUUGGCAGAAAAGACCACAUAAUUUCAAGGCUGAAAAAGAAUAUAAUGAAGCCUGCGCCAAAAAGGAGCCACACUGUGCCAUUUGCACUCUUCUCAUGCCAUACUACAAGGCAGACAUCCAUAAUGAAGACAAUUAUACCUUUGGGGAAACAAAUGCUGAAAAAACAUUUAUGGCUGAAAAUGAAAAGACAAAACCACUUAUUCCAGAGAUGUGUUUUAUAUAUAGUGAAGAAAACACUGAAAACUAUCCAUCAAAUGCCUUUAUUGAAGAAGAUGGAACAAGCCUUCUGAUUUCCUGUUCAAAGUGUUGUGUACGGAUUCACGCAAGUUGCUAUGGUGUCCCUUCUCAUGAAAUCCAUAGGGAAUGGUUGUGUGCUCGAUGCAGAAAAGGAGACUGGACAGCUGAAUGUUGUCUCUGCAAUUUGAGAGGUGGUGCAUUAAAGCAAACUACUGACAAGAAGUGGGCACAUGUAAUGUGUGCCAUUGCCAUCCCAGAAGUCAGAUUUGGUAAUGUUACAGAGCGUACACCAAUAGACACAAGCAGAAUACCUUUGCAAAGAUUAAAAUUGAAGUGCAUUUUCUGCAGGCAGAGAAUUAAGAAAAUUUCUGGUGCCUGCAUUCAGUGUUCAUACGGACGCUGUCCAGCCUCCUUCCAUGUUACCUGUGCCCAUGCUGCAGGAGUACUUAUGGAACCUGAUGACUGGCCAUAUGUUGUCUACAUCACGUGUUUCAGGCACAAGAUCAACCAAAAUGUGAGAACUAAAGCAUGUGAGAAGGCUAUUACAGUUGGGCAGACAGUCAUCACGAAACACAGGAAUACACGAUACUACAGUUGCAGAGUCACAGGAGUCACAUCUCAAGUUUUCUAUGAAGUCAUGUUUGAUGAUGGCUCUUUCAGUCGGGAUACUUUUCCUGAAGACAUUGUAAGCAGAGAUUGCCUAAAGCUGGGUCCACCUGCAGAGGGAGAGGUUGUCCAGGUGAAGUGGCCUGAUGGAAAACUGUAUGGUGCAAAGUAUUUGGGAACAAAUAUAUCUUACAUGUAUCAGGUUGAAUUUGAAGAUGGUUCUCAAUUAGCAAUGAAGAGAGAAGAGAUAUACACACUAGAUGAAGAACUGCCUAAGAGAGUAAAAGCACGUCUUUCUACAGCCUCUGACAUGAGAUUUGAAGAUACAUUUUAUGGAGCAGAUAUAAUUCAGGGAGAAAAGAAGAGGCAGAGAGUAUUGAGUUCCCGUUUUAAGAAUGAAUAUGUGGAUGACCCAGGAUACCGCACGUUCUUGAAAAGCUCAUUCCAGAAAAAGUGCCAGAAGGGUCUAUAAAGGAUGCAGUGAAGUUGCGCAUAGACACAAAAAGCACAUGCACAGACACGUGUGAUGCAGAGACCCAAGCAGGUUACAGCUGGUUAGAAAGCAUACAGCAUUAGCAAAUGCUGUAAUGGUUUGGAGAUGGCAUCUCGUCAGUCUAUUAAAUUGGUUUUGGUUUAAUUGGUUUUGCAGCAAAUUAGUCCAUACAUCAACCUACUAAGUUCAAGUACUUCAGUUAUGAUUUCUUCAGUUAAUGUAUUACAAGUUUUGUGUCAGUUCUGCGUCAUGAAACAGAGGAAAUCAAGCGAGGUUAAGAGGGGUUGCACAGUUAAAUGCUGAAGAUAACUUUCAGUCCAGCACCCACUGAAGUCAGUGGUAAAAUCCGCACUGACUAAUAUGGGAGAAGAUUCAAGUUCUAGGUGAUCCAGUAACAAAGGUAGAUGCAUUGCCUUGUCUUUCCCAAAGAAGAGGAGAAGUUUUGGUAGCCAGAGCUUAAUUUCAGAGGCUAUUUUUUUUUCUGCAGACAGGAAAGGAUGUUAAAUUUAAUAAUAGCAGUUUUUAUAAAACAUUUUUAAAACAAAUACAUGUACACUGUUAAGACCUAUAAAAGCUGUACUUAUUUACUUUGUACAGUGCUUUUACAUUUUUGUAUCACUACUGCUUUCAGUAGGGUUUGUGGAAUCAACUGUUGUCAAAUAUUUUUUUGGCUUUUGAGAAAGAAAUCUUCAACACAGCAAGGGGAUUUUGUAUAUUUAAAGAUGGAUAUUUUGGCAGUUAUUUUUAAAUAUGUAUUUCAUAAGGCCUAUUAAAAUAGCUAUUUGUAAAAUAAAAAUUUCUUUCAUAAUGUAUAUGUAAAAUUAGAGUUU